AACAAAUAAAACAGAUGGAAUUAUACUCGAAGAGGACAAAAGAAACUACAAUAAAAAAGGUGUAGGGUAUCGAAAUCUUAUUUGUUGACAAAGCAAAUUUAAUUAAUUUAAAACGAAAUUGUGCAAACGUAAUAGAGAAGGCAACAGAUUCCAGAUAACUUGUACGUAGCUCAGCUUCGUUCGUAUUUCAAGGCGUAAAAAUGCCUGUGAAUAACACUAGUUCAAAUUUCAAGACUUUUAAAGUUGUGCUACUUGGUGAAGGUUGUGUUGGUAAAACAUCAAUAGUUCUACGUUACGUCGAGGAUAAGUUCAAUCCUCAACAUAUAAGCACACUGCAGGCAUCAUUUCUCACAAAAAAACUCCAUUUAGAGGAUGGCUGCCGAGCACAUCUCAACAUUUGGGAUACUGCUGGUCAAGAACGUUUUCAUGCGCUUGGACCUAUUUACUACCGUGGAUCACAUGGUGCCAUACUCGUUUACGACAUUACCGAUGAAGACUCCUUUCAGAAGGUGAAAAAUUGGGUAAAAGAGCUCAAACGUAUGCUGGGUGCUGAAAUCGUCAUAACAAUCGUGGGCAACAAAACUGACUUGGAGGCACAGCGCAAUGUACCACAAGAUGUUGCAUUGGAUUAUACAGAAAGUGUGGGCGCACACUAUUUCGAGACAUCGGCCAAAGCCAAUGAGGGCAUCGAAGAGUUAUUCACAGCGUUGACACAACUAAUGAUACAGCGCCAUGCCCAACGCGAACAAGAGACUAGUUCAUUACGACUAAUGCAGGGAGGACGUACGUCACAACGUUUGGUAGUUGAGGAUGAUUCACAGGACGGCGAUGAAGAAGGGGGACAACCACCUGCGGCGAAUCGAUCAUGCUGUGGGGCCGGUUAAAAUAGUGUGAGAUGUAAUUGCAUUAAAAACACCCAACCCAAACAAAGGAACGGCAAUUUGUAGAAGAGGAUAGUAGUAGUAUGUAGAAAAAUUUGGCGAAUGGGCGUUUAAAAGCAAAUAUUGAACAUAGUGAACUGAACACGACGAUAUAGACAACGCCAACGCCGAUACAGCCGCCGCUAGAUUAAAUUGUGAUAAACUUAUUAUAACGUGUAAAUUUAAAUAUUUUUUGUAUAAAGCGCUUUAAUAUUGUAUUCUUCUCUUAUGACAUAAUUCCAUUCUACUUCCUUCGAACAAAAAAAAAGUUUACAUAAAUCUAGCGAACUUACUAUCUACUCAUAUUACAUUUCAGUUUUUUGUUAGUUUUAA